AUGGAUCACCCAACUAUAGCACGAGCACGAGAAACCAUCGCCUACAAGCUCCUGUUCGCGCCUGAAGACCUUCCCAGCGGCUUCAUUCCAUCAUUCGACCUCGUGGCCGGCAAUAAACCGUACCGGUCACAGAGCAUGGAGGAGUUAAGAGAAGAGAUUGAGACGUUUACGGAUUGUGAAGACAUGGGCUUAGACUGCUUACGAGGUUGGGGUGUCAAGGCGUUCGCCAGGGAAACCUUUCCCGGUUUCGAUGUGGACUUGAUCCUGAACCUCGAAAGGCACCUGAACUUCAACAGGGACGGAAACAACGAAAAGGACCCUCUUCAUGAAGUCCUAUCGGAACAGGACACCGCCGUUGCGAUACUGACGCAUUACAUCCAACCCGCACAUAAGAUGCUGAACUACUUCAACCCGCCUGGACCUCUCACACAGUGUAGAGCCACCUGGGAGGCAGGCAUCAGCCCAGAAGGCCGAAGCUACUUCAAUACAAAGCGGCAACAGCGGGUGCAGCUUUCCCUCCGGGCCGACAUCGCAUAUGGCCUGAAGCACCACCAGGUUAAUCUCGACUUUGGUGCUGGGGAGCCGGGUCUCCAAAGUCGCCCCAUCGCCUCGAUCGAGUUCAAAAGGACGGGGCUUCUCAAGAAAUUUGCCCAAGAUCUCAAGAAUCCGGAUGCUCCGCGCGAUGAUGGACAAAGAUUCGAGCCUAAUUCCAUCCAGUUAUUGAAGCAGGUUGUCGGCUACUGCUUCGCAUUUCGGACAAAGUUCGCCGCAACAAGCGAUCUCGACUAUCUCGUCUUUUUCAGUUUCGAUAGAAUGACCAUCGACGAGAUGUCCACCCCCGUCGAUGUAUGGGAAAAGGGCCACGGAGGCACCUUCCAAUUCGCCAUCCUUGGACCCACAGAGGCGACUUACAAGAUCGCCUGCUACGCCGGAUUUUUGAGAAUGGCUGCCGAGAAGACACCCAAAGAUCUUUCGUCUUCUUGA